CUCUGUUGCGUGCCUCAUCGGUCCUUUACACUGUACGCUGUUAUUUGUGUUCCUCCUGCUUUUUUUGUACCGUUGAAAUGGAGCUCCGUGGAAACUAGCAGGCGUGCACCUCUUCGAAUUCUCACCCUUGUCUUAAGAGAAUGAUCCACCGGCAAGUUAUUUUUUCCCAGGUUUUGGUCUACUUUGGGUUGACUGUUCAAUAUGCUGAUGCAGCUCUGUAGUAUCAAGAACUUGUACCAGAAUAGGUUCCUUGGCCUGGCUGCCAUGGCCUCCCCGACCCGCAGCAGCCAGACUAGUCAGCGCUACAAGAGUGCAGUUCGUCACAGUUACGGCCCAGACAGCUUUGCUGUCAAUGGUCUGAAUCAGGAGGACUUCAUGAUGGGAUUGCCGCGGUCCACCAGUGACACUGAUCUGGUCUCUCCUGACACUCGCUCCACCCUAACUAUCAGCUCCUCCCACUACACCAUAGCCCAGUCUGAAGACCUCGUAAUCACAUGGGAUAUCAAGGAGGAAGUGGAUGCUGGGGACUGGAUUGGCAUGUAUCAUGUCGACGAGGCUUUAUCGGAGGACUUUCUGGACUACAAGAACCGAGGCAUCAACGGAUCUCAUAGGGGACAGAUCGUAUGGAAAAUUGACUCCACCUCCAACUUCAGUGACGGUGAGACCCAGGUCUGCUUCAGGUACUACCAUGGCGUCAGCGGAACACUGAGGGCAACGACACCCAGCAUAACCAUGAAGAAAGCUUCUGCACCUGUAUUAAAGCCAGUGGUUAGUCCUGAAGUCAACCAUGGACUGGGCAACAGGAGACUCAUUAACUUUUCCUUAUCAGACCUCCAGGCAGUUGGCUUGAAGAAGGGGAUGUUUUUCAAUCCUGACCCCUACCUGAAACUUUCUAUCCAGCCUGGAAAGCACAGCAUCUUCCCCUUGCUGCCACACCAUGGCCAGGAGAAACGCUCUGGAGUGGUCUGCAACACAGUCAACCCACAAUGGAGCAAUGAGCGGUUCAACUUUGUGUCUCUGCCCACUGAUGUACUGGAGAUCGAAGUGAAGGAUAAAUUUGCCAAGAGUCGGCCAAUCAUCAAGCGUUUUCUUGGAAAGCUCUCUGUCCCUGUCCAGAGGCUGCUGGAAAAACAUGCUAUUGGGGAUCGAGUAGUGAGUUAUUCGCUGGGUCGCAGGUUGCCAACAGACCAUGUCUGCGGCCAGCUGCAGUUCCGCUUUGAGUUGACUUCUUCUAUUCACCCAGAUGAUGAGGAGAUCUCUCUGGUCAUAGAGUCAGCCUGUCCUCAGGGGGGAAAUACACCAAAUGACAACCAUGCUGCUGAUGCUCCUGAUGAUGACACAUUAAGUGUGGGACCUGACAUGCCUGAUCUCCCCCUGGAUGCCCCACCUGACCCUGAAAUGAUGGUGGUAACAGCAUCCACAGCGGAAGCCUCCACACCUGAGGAGGUCCGUGCUGAGGAUGAGGAGGCUGAGUCAAUGCCAGAAGAGCAAGAAACUGUGGAUGAAGAGAGCACAGUGAGGGAGGAGCCCCUGUCUACAGAGCCACAAGUGGAGAAGGAGGAGGGGGAACUGCCUGAACAGCAAGAAGGGAACAGUGGAGAGGAUGGAGAAAGGGAGGAGAGGCAACAAGAAGAAGAAGAGGGGGAGCAGAGAGAAGCGUCUGCACCACAAGCUCAGGAGGAUACGACUGGAGAAGAAAAUUAUGUUGGGGAGGAAAUACAGCCAAAGCCAGACUCUGAAAAUACUGUUGAAAUAUCAACAAACAAUGGGGCUGUUACUAUUGAGGACCCCAUGGAGGGAAGCAUCACUUCCCAAAAGGCCGAUGUAGAACAAAGGGCUGCUCAGGAGGUGACAGAGGGCGGAGAAAUAAGCUGCCUCCCCUGCACCUGUGAAUCCCUCUUCUCAAACUAUAACUCUAAUGCUCCUUUGCGCCGCAAAAAUCGCCCCUGCUCCCUUCCAGUGUCAGAGUUGGAGACGGUGAUCGCAUCGGCCUGCGGAGAGCCUGAGACACCUAGAUCUCACUACAUUCGGAUCCACCACCUCCUCCACAGUCUCCCCUCAGCCCAACACAGAGCUCCCAGCCAGGAGGAGGAGGAGGUCAGGGAGGGAGAGAAUACAAGCACCACUCAAGACACCACUUCCACAAAACUUAAAACCUCCAAAGAGGAGGAGGGGCUGGAGGAUGAGGAAGAGGAUGAUACAACCCUGUCUCCCUCUCAGGUCCCAGAGUGUCCCGGCCCCUGCUGUCAUCGCUCCUUACCACGCAGCCUCUCCAUUGAACGCCUUUCUGAGCUAAACCAGCUCCUGGAAGGUGAUGCAGGAAGAGGAGGAGGCGGACAUACAACAGUGGAGAGCGAAGAGGGGGAUUCCAGUCAUGGAGGAGGAAGAAGAGUUGGCGGUAGCACCCUCAGACAUCAGGGUGAGAACGACUGUGAAUUCUGCGACACAUCCUGCUACAGUACCUCCUGCUACAGCACUUCCUGUUACAGCACAUCAUGUUACAGCAACUCUGGCUACGAGGGCAGGAGCCGCUUUUGUAGCCAUACCCGCCUGUCGUCAGUGGACAGCAACAGACUCUCUGGUAGUACGGUGUUCUCCUCCCAGGAUGAAGAUGAAGAUGAGGAAAGUGCCUUUGAGUCAGUACCUGAUAACAGCCUCUUGCCAGAUGGCCAAGAGGUGAGCGGGGCAGGAGGAGAGAGGAGGACAGAGAGGUUGAGGGAGGCCAGGAGAGGACAGCAGGCAGAGCCAGCUGUGCCAGGGCCCAGCGAUAUAAACAACAUUGGCUCAGGCUCCUCCCCUCCUGUUGGCCAUCUUCCAGUCCUGCGACCCAGCCAUGACCUAAACCAUUUUCCUGCUGCCACUGACCAAGCCUUACCUCCAAGCUCAGGCUCCUCCCCUCCUGUUGGCCAUCUUCCAGUCCUGCGACCCAGCCAUGACCUAAACCAUUUUCCUGCUGCCACUGACCAAGCCUUACCUCCAAACUGGGAAGCUCGUAUUGACAGCCACGGCAGAGUUUUUUAUGUGGAUCAUGUCAACCGUACCACAACCUGGCAGAGACCAAGCCACAGCAGCAAGUGUAACCACGGCAUCCCCCGCUCAGGAUCCACACAGCAGAUGGAACAACUCAACAGGAGGUACGAGAACAUCCAAAGAACCAUGGCCACAGAAGAGUAUGGUGAAAGUCCAAGGUUAGAGCGCAGCAGCAGUGCGGAGACUGAUUCUGAGACUUCUCAGACAGGUCCCGCUUCCCCUGUCAAUCACCAGAAGAUCAGUCAUCUCCUCCAAUCGCCUGCUGUCAAGUUCAUCACACACCCAGAAUUCUUCACUGUGUUGCACAGUAACUAUGCAGCCUACCGGGUGUUCACCAACAGCAGUUGUGUGAAACACAUGAUUCUGAAGGUGCGCCGCGACGCCAGAAACUUUGAGCGCUACCAGCAUAACCGGGACCUUGUGGUUUUCCUCAACAAGUUUGCAGACACUCAGCUGGAGCUACCAAGAGGCUGGGAGAUCAAGACUGACCCCCAGGGCAAGUCUUUUUUUGUGGACCACAACAGUCGUGCCACGACGUUCAUUGACCCGCGCAUCCCUCUGCAGAAUGGCCGGCUGCCUGGCCACCUUGCUCACAGACAACAUCUGCAGAGAUUGCGCAGCUAUAGCGCUGGGGAGGCCUCUGAUGUGUCCAGGAGUCGUGGGGCUUCCCUAAUGGCCAGGCCUGGAAACAGCCUGGUAGCCGCCAUACGAAACCAGCACAACAACUCACAACAAUUGACUGCUCCUUCGUACAAUGACAAAAUUGUGGCAUUCCUUCGACAGCCAAACAUAUUUGAUAUGUUGCAAGAGCGACAGUCAAGCCUAAGCAGAAACCAUGCUCUGAGAGAGAAAAUUCACUACCUUCGGACAGAAGGUACUCAGGGGGUGGAGAAAUUGUCAUGCGAUGCAGACCUAGUCAUCCUGUUAAGUUUAUUUGAAGAGGAGAUCAUGUCUUAUGUUCCGCCUCAUCCCAUCCACCACGGCUUCAGCAUUUCUCCUCGCUGUUCACCUGCCUCCUCACCACAAAACUCUCCUGGCCUGCAGAGGGCCAGGGCUCCAGCUCCUUACCGCAGAGACUUUGAGGCCAAACUAAGAAACUUUUACAGGAAAUUAGAGGCCAAGGGCUACGGGCAGGGACCAGGCAAAAUCAAGUUGCUGAUCAGGAGAGAACACUUGCUGGAGGGAACCUUUAACCAGGUGAUGGCAUACUCCCGCAAAGAGCUGCAGAGAAACAAACUCUACGUUACUUUCCUCGGAGAGGAGGGAUUGGACUACAGUGGUCCGUCCAGAGAGUUUUUCUUCCUAUUGUCUCAGGAGUUGUUUAAUCCAUACUACGGUCUGUUUGAAUACUCAGCUAACGAUACUUACACCGUUCAAAUCAGCCCCAUGUCAGCAUUUGUUGAAAACCAUCUGGAAUGGUUUCGUUUCAGUGGUCGUAUCCUUGGCCUGGCUCUAAUUCAUCAGUACCUACUGGAUGCUUUCUUCACCAGACCCUUCUAUAAAGCCCUGCUCAGACUGCCGACAGACCUGUCCGAUCUGGAGUAUCUGGACGAGGAGUUCCACCAGUCUCUGCAGUGGAUGAAGGAAAACGACAUCACUGACAUCCUGGACCUCACCUUCACCGUCAAUGAGGAGGUAUUUGGCCAGGUGACAGAGCGGGAGCUAAAGUCGGGCGGCUCAAACCUCCAGGUGACUGAGAAGAACAAAAAAGAUUAUUUAGAGCGAAUGGCCAAGUGGAGGGUGGAGAGAGGAGUGGUGCAGCAGACAGAGGCACUGGUCAGAGGCUUCUACGAGGUGGUAGACUCAAGGCUAGUGUCUGUGUUUGAUGCACGGGAGCUGGAACUGGUUAUUGCUGGUACAGUCGAGAUUGACCUCAUUGACUGGAGGGGCAACACAGAGUACAGAGGAGGUUACCAUGAUGGUCACAUAGUGAUGCGGUGGUUCUGGGCUGCUGUGGAGCGGUUCAACAAUGAGCAGCGUCUCCGCCUGCUGCAGUUUGUCACUGGGACGUCCAGUGUGCCUUACGAAGGCUUUGCUGCGCUGCGGGGAUCCAACGGCCUUCGACGCUUUUGUAUUGAGAAGUGGGGCAAAGUCACAUCACUACCCAGGGCUCACACCUGUUUUAAUCGUCUGGACCUGGCUCCAUACCCUUCAUACACCAUGUUGUAUGAGAAACUGCUGAUUGCGGUGGAGGAAACCAGCACGUUUGGCUUGGAGUGAGCCAGCAAUACAUUAAGACAUCAACACUGCAUCCUUUUUUCUGUGUGACAAUGGUUGGGCAAAAAAUGUGAAGAAAAAAAAGCAGCUCUUCCUUGCUGAACACGUUGUCGAGAUACCUGGAUUGUACUCAACAAAGUCUUUGGUCAAGUGGAUGUAUGUCACUGGUAUGGUACUGUAUCUUAGAAUCUCUCACUGAGCUAUGAGGAUCUUUAUCACAGCACCCAACACUUAGUACACCACAGCAGAAUAACUGUUAUUUUUCUAAUUAUACAAUUUAUAACAUAAGUUCUAAAAAAAAUCAAGUUAGAAAAAUACCUAGUAGAAAUAUAGACAGAAACAAAGACAAAGAUAAAUAUUAAAUUGAAACAGAAAUAACUUCUAUACGAAUAAUACAAUUAGUGCACAAAGCUUCAGGUUUGCCAUUUUUCAUGUACUAAAUGAAAACUGGAGAUAUUCAGAUAAAUUUAUAAACAUGGCCUUAAAAUAUGUGGUUUGAAAUAUAAUGCAGGUUUAAAAAGCUCCUCAAAUAAACAAAAACUAUGGUUGCUCUGAUGCCAAAGGAUUAAUUAUAUGUAUAUUUUUAUCAGGAGAGUCAAAUAAGAUCAUAUGUGUUCCAGUAGAAAUCUGGCUGAUAAUCUUAGACUGGGAAAAGGUAUAUACAAAAUUAAUGGAAAUUGGAUUUUGCCGUGUGCCAAAAACCAGCCAUUUUGAGGCCUUAGGUAAGUGAUAACUAGAACUUGUAAAAUCAAAUAGAACACUGUUUAACUGCACUUGCAAGGUGAUAAUGCAGACCAAAACACAGCUAACACACUAUCAGAAUCAAAAGCAGUCAAAAACUUGUGUGAAGUGUAAAAAGUCUUGCUUAGAAAUACAAGUGAUUUGGCACACUGAAACUGUGGGAAAAGAGUAAUAUAUACCAAUUAGUCUGAUUUAGACUAAUUGGUCUAAAUCAGAUACAGCAUACCAAAGGGAUAUCCAGGAUGUUGGUGAUCUUCUUAAAUAGAUGGAUCUCAUCGGUAGUUAAAGACUGAACCCAUACUGCAAUACUUAAUCAAGUUUGGAUACCCAAAAAUAACUGAAUUGUCCCGGAAGGCCAAGUUCUGGACCUUAACCAGAACCAUUCUGGUUAAAUCUGGUCCAAAGUGAGGACAGCUGCUGUGGGCAGACAAUUCAUGGUCCCCUCUAAAUGGACAGCAAUAUUACUGACAAAUCCUGUUAGCAGUCUCUCCAGCAGUCUCUCUGCUAUGCUUUCAAAAACAGAGACAAUGACUACGUAAACAAAUGGACUGUUUCUGGCUGUCAGAGUGGAAUGUACAUCCUUUUGGCCAAAGUGUUGUUUCAUAUUUCAGCAUCUCAGGUCUUGCUGUUUGAAUCGGAGAGGCUUGUACUCUUAUUCAAGUCCAUUGGAUCGGUUCCCUCAAACUAUAUGGUCCUUCUGGUAUAUUGUAAUAUGUGCAGGGGCCUUGGUAGUACUCAAUGCAAUAGUUGAGACUUUUUCUCAAGUAUGUCCACAGUCUACCAUGUUCUUUACGACAAUGUUCAAUUGUUCAAAGGCCUUAUCCAUGCAUCUCGACAAGCAAGAGGACAAGGCUGUGAUUAUGUUCCUUUUGGCCUUCCCACCAUAUGCCCUGUUUAUACUGUAUUAAAAGGGAAAGGUCAUCAACCUUCAGCUUGAAUCUUUUGUUUGAUUUUUUUCUUCCAUGUCACAGAUGUCACACUUAGCCAGACACUUCAGGGCUGCAUGUGUUUUUCUUAUCUGGAAGAAGAAUGGUUAACAACACUCUAAUAAUGCUCUCUGAUGUACAACAAGUGUAUUGAAAGCAGCAUUUUAGAAAUAUUUAAAAACAGUUUUAGAGGAGUAAAGAAUUGUGAGCAGCUAUUUCGUAUGUUUGUGUUUUCUAGCUAUUUAUUUGUACAUUUAAUUUAACAAAGGAUGGAUGAUGGCAACUUUGCUGAAGGUGACACUGAAGCAUGCAUGUUUUUUUGUUUCUCGUUUGUGUGUGGAUUGCUGUAGGUACAGUUCUGAUUUGUCUCAGAAGUGGUUAAUAAAUACUAAGGCUGAGCUGUCGCUCUACCGCACCCUAAAACUGUUAAUGAUUCUCAAUAAAAAGGUCACUUUGUUACUUUG